GAGAAAAACGAAAGAGAAAAACAUAGCUGUAAAGACUUGGGCUUCUCUUUCAAUCAACAGAGUUUGUGAAGAAAUCCAAUGGGCAAUCAUUUUCUCACUUUGUCUCUGCUCCUGGUGAUUGUCUGCGUUUGCGUUUCCAUCAUCACCACUAAGCUAAACCCUAAAGAAGCAAUCGUAUCUCCCUCCGAUUCAAAUCCCAUUGAAAUUCACGGAGUCAAGAUCCUGCGGCAACCUUCCGAUUCCAAACUUGCUCAACUAGGCGUCUCCUCUUGGCCCAAGUGGGAAGGUGGUCCAAGCAAGUUUCCAUGGACGUUUAAGAAGACAGAGACAAUGUAUUUCGUGGAAGGGAAGAUCAAAGUGAGUGUCGACGGAUACGACAGAGAAGAAGAUGUCUUUGAGAUAGGGAAAGGAAAUGUGGUUGUUUUUCCUAAAGACAUGAAAGUUGUUUGGGAGAUUACUGAAGCUGUCAAGAAACAUUAUAGCUUAGAGGAUUAGUUAAAGAUAACUUAUGUCAUAUUCGUGUGAGUUUGCUGUAUGUCUGGUUUCUAGUUUGCAUCUAGCUUUAUCUAUGGCGUUGCAGUGUAGAUGAAGAUUGUGUUUGGGACGUGUUUGUAUUUUGAUGAAUGAUAAGUUGUUUCCAUUUUCAUUUAAAAA